AUGGAUGAGAGAACGAAUAUCGUAGACGUAUGGGCAAAUAACUUAGAGGAGGAAUUUGAACGAAUAAGGGAUGUGGUCGAAAGUCAUCCCUAUGUUGCUAUUGACACUGAAUUUCCAGGAAUUGUAGCUAGGCCAACAGGAAAUGUAGUAGAUUACAAUUAUCAAACAAUAAAAUGUAACGUGGAUUUGUUAAAAGUUAUACAGUUAGGUGUUACCUUUUCUAAUGGGAAAGGGGAAUUGCCGAAGGUAUCAACAUGGCAAUUCAAUUUUAAGUUUGAUCUUGAUAGUGACAUGUAUGCACAAAAUUCGAUAGACUUUUUAAAAUUGAGUGGAAUAAAUUUUGAAAAACAUCAAUCCUUAGGUAUUGAAUUAUUGCAUUUUGGUGAAGUUAUCAUGUCUUCAGGUUUAGUAAUGAAUGAAGAUGUUAAGUGGAUAUCGUUUCACGGAUGUUAUGAUUUUGCUUAUCUGUUAAAAAUAUUAACGUGUUGUGCUUUACCACAUAAUGAAGUUGCAUUUUUUGAUUUAUUGAACGAUUUUUUCCCCUCCCUUUAUGAUAUAAAAUAUUUAUUAUUGAAUUUGAAUAUUAAGCAAUUAAGUCGAACUUAUUCAUUACAAAAAAUUAGCGAAAUUUUAAGUGUAAAAAGAAUAGGAAGACAACAUCAGGCAGGUUCAGAUUCUUUAGUUACUUGUAAAACAUUUUUUAAAUUAUUAGAACUUUAUUUUGAUAACAAAAUAGAUGAUAAAAAAUAUGCCGGAGUUAUAUAUGGAUUGGGGUCAACUAUAAAAAAUUACAACCCUAAAUUGGAGGAUAAUAAUCAGCACAAAUCCAAUAACACGAAUCAUAAUAACAAUAAUUACAUUAAAAAUUAUAGUACACAUGGUGGAUCAAAUUGGGGAGGAGGAGGUUCCUAUGGAUGCAGUUAUCACAGUGAUAAUAAUGAGAUUGAAGAAAGAAAUAAAGAAAGCAAUAAUCAAAUGCAUAUGGAAGGUAAACAUUGCAUGCUCCAUACACAUAAUAACCACAUGUUAAGCAAAUAUCUUGAAAAUAAGGAUUAUCAAAUAAGUUUCAGCAAAGAUGCUGUAAAAGGUAAUAUUAAAAGUGACAUGUUACACAAUUUGUAUGCAAAUAUGAAUCAAAAUAAUUACAACACAAUUGCAAAUGUUGGAAAUAUGGUUUCUACGAAGAUUAACAAUGGUACUUAUGACAAUGUUUCUACUCAUAACCAAGGACUUGUAAAACACAACAAUCCACAGUUAAAUAAUAUUAAUUCAGUUAAUGAUAAAACUAUGCGGAUUCUUGCAAAUAGUGAAUCCCAUUUAAAUAAUCCCAACGGUGUCGACAAUAUUAUAAAUAAUAUAAACAGCAAAAACAACACGAAAGGUAGUGGAAAGAAUGACAAUAAAAGUGAAGUUAAGAAUGAUGGAAAAGGGGAAAAUAUAAGUGACGGAAAGGGUAACUCCAAAAAUAGCAAUAAGCAUAAUAGCAAGAAUAAUGGGAAGAAUAACGGAAAUAGUGGCAAUCACAGCAAUGGAAGUAGUAAGAACAGCAGUAAUAGCGGAGGAAAUAGUGGAUGCAAUAGUAGCUUCCACAAUGGAGGACAUAAUAAUAGCAAUAAUAAUAAUAAUAGUAACCAAAACAAUGGACAUAAUGGAGGAAAUGGUAAUACCCAUGGUAAUAAUACCAAAGGAAAUAGCAAAAGCAAAGGAAACAACAGUAACAUUAAAAGCAACAAUAAUUCAAGAGAAUUCAUUAACAAUUCAGGGAAUAUUAACAAGAACAGUUUAGAGACUAAUCCGAAGUUGAUAAAAAAUAUUUUUAAUGAUAUCCCUCAGAACCCAAACAGUUGUAAUUUAAGUAUCGAUAUGAAUGGAAUAAACAAUAGUAGUGAACAUAUGAAAAACACAAAUGGAGUUAACAUUAGUCGUAAUUUAACGAAUCUCAAUGGAAGUACUAUUAAUUAUAAUAACCCCAAUACGAAUAUAAAUAGCUUAAAGAAUUCUUCCUUGUUAAGUAAUCUGAACAGUUUUAAUGGUUUAAAUAGUAACAUAAAUAUGAGUGGUAAAAACAUCGUAGCAGAUAAAAGUUGUAUAAAUGGGAAAAUUGGACAAGUUAGUAUGAGCAACAGAAAUAGCAACAUGAUGCCAAAUAACGUAAAUAUAGGAUCUAAUGGUAUGAUAUUUUCUAGCACGAAUAACUGCUUUUCCGUUAAUAACAUGUGUAUAAAUAAUUUAAGUAGCAAUAUCAAUGUUAACAACUCAUCUGCAAUUAAUAAUGGAAAUAUAAAUUUUAAAGUAGGUAGUGGUAUUUGUGGUGUUAACAACAACAGGGGUAGCUUCAAUAGUUAUAGUACAAACGAGGGGAAUACAAGGAAAAAUGAGUCAACGAAGAGUUCAAACAUUUUAGAAGAAAAUGUUAUGAAUUCUAUUAAAGGUUCUUCCUUUGAAUCGGACAGCAACUCUAUCACGCGAAGUGGUGCAUCGACAAGCAGCAUUUAUACACCCAUUGUAAAUUACUGUAAUUAUGCGAACGUAUAUAAUAAUAGUAGUUGUAGUGGGAGUAACAAGAACUGUGACAUAGGAAGUGGUAUCAGCAGUGGAAGCUGUAACAACAGUGGUAAUGGUAACAGUAAAAGUAGCAAUAAGAGCAAGAACAAUAGCAACAUCGGAAACAACAAUAAAAAUUCUAGUGGUAACAACAAUGGCAGUGACUUUUUUUUAAAUGAUGCAAAUUUUGGAACGUGUAAUGUCUCGAAUAACUCGAAUCCCCAAAUGAACAAUUGCAUAAACAAUUUUAACAUAUAUCCAAUGUCAAACAAAUACAACUCCCUUAGUAAUUAUCCCAUAAAUGUGAGUAACCUAAAUGAUAAGGUUAACACAAAGGAUUGUGAAACUGAUAGCGAAAUGUAUGAUGUUCCAAGAGGUAUUCACAUCCCGUGUAAUGGAAACAACAACAAUAAGAACGACGGUUACUGUAACGACAGUGAGCUUAUUAGUAGCAAAAAUACUCUGAAUAUAAAUUCUAUGAAUAAAGCAAACAUAAUGACAUCCAUGAAUUAUAGUAAGAAUAUGUCUUCUAGUAGUUUAAAUGUAAAUACUAAUUUUAAGGGAACUCAUAAAAAUAACAUCCUAAUUAAUGACACGUCAAAUGGUAUAAUACAGAACGGUAAUAUAUUAACCAAGAAUAAUGACCUAGGGGUGGUUACUGUUAACAACUAUGAUGGUAUGAACAUGUUACUGCAAAAUAUGAACAUGAUAUGGGAGGAUAAUAAGGGCAAGGACGAAAAAAUUAAUACUUUAAAUAAAGCAACUAUUGCUAAUUUCAGUGUUAAACACCCACCACCACCACCACCUCCGCCUCCACCCCCCUCAUCAUGCAAUGUGAGUAAUGUAAUGAACAGCAUGAGUAAUAAUUUUAGCGUUAGUAACAAUACUAAUAGUGGAAACAACUGUAACAAUAACAAUGCCAAUUACAGUGCCAAUAAUACUGGCAGUGGAAUUCAGAACAACAAUAAUGACAAAUCGAAAAAUAAUUCCUUUAUAAAAAAUUUGAAUGCUUCAGCAGCAGGUAACAUGAGUAAUACAAAUGUGAAUAACAUAACGCAUAUAAUUAAUAGCAACGAAUCCAAAAUGUGCAACAUGAAUAGUAUAGGAAGUAAUAAUUAUGCCGCAAAUAAUCACGUGACAAAGCAUAAUUUGAAUUCUAAUAAUUGCAAUAACGUAAAUGUAAGUACCAAAUUAAGUUUUGUUAAUAUACCUAAUCAGAAUUAUGUUAGUGGCAUAAAUAAAAGUAAUUCGAUUGGAUCUGUCGGUUCAACUGGCGCUGGAGUCAGCAUUAGUGGAGUAGGUUCAAUCAGCACAAAUAUUGUUACACCGUACAAUGGAGAAAGUAAUAAGAAACCGUUAGAUAAUAAUAAUGAUAUUAGGGGAAACAUUAACUUUAAUAGGAAUAAUUCGAAUAAUCCAAACAAAAAUAACAAAAAUUUUAGUCAAUUAAAUAGUAUCAUCAAUAAUAACAAUGUAAAUGAAAAAAAUAAUAAAAGUAAUUCGAAGGAAGGCAAUGGUAAAAAUUUUGGCCUGAUAAGCACUAGUUGUAUUUCUGAAAAUACUUAUAAUGCUGAUGGAAAUACUGUUGUUAAUAUGGGACAAAUUAGUAGCAGCAUUAGUAGUAGUAUGCACAGUAUAAGCUCCAAAAAUUCCGGAGAACAUGUGAAAGGAAGCAGUAGCACGAAUAUCAACAACAAUGUUAAUGGUAGCAAUACGAACAGUAACAGUAAAAACAGUAAAGGUGGGAAAAAUGGUAGUAAGAGCAACAAAAAUAAUAAGAACAAAAAUAAAAGUACCACCAAUGGAAUGGGUAAUAAUGGAAGUAGGAACAACGGAGAAGAUAACUGUGGAGGGUAUCCACCUUGUGGCAGCAGCCACAGCAACAGCAACAGCAACAAUAACAAUAACAACUGUACAGGUAGUAGCAGCCCAAUUAUUAAAAAAAAAAGCAAUGAAAAUUUUAAUGGAGAUAAAAUAAGCAUUAACAGUAUCGAACAGAAUAAUAAUUACGGCACAGUUAACCAAAGAAAAAGUGGCAACAAGGAUUUUAAUAACACUGUAAAAGAUGAGGAAGAAAGUUCAAAAUUCUCAAGUACAAAUCUACAGUCAAAUGAUGAUAAGAAAAAUGUUCUUAUUGAUAAAAAUACGUGUAAUAAUUUUUUAAAUAGUAUGAAUUAUUUUAAAUCAGAUAAUUUAAAAAUGUACAACAAGGGAGGAAUAGGAAAUAACACAGAAGCAGGAGUAGGAGCAUACAGAAAAAAUACUACUCAGCAAUUAACACUAAAAAAUAACUUCCUCAAUAAUUCCACAUGUGAUAGCGAAAGUGGCGGGAUGCACAAUUUAGGUACAGGAAAAAUAAAUAAUGAUUUGAACAAGCAUAACAUUAUAAAUUCAAAAAAUGUGCAAAAUUAUGCAAACAAUACUAGCUCAGCAGCAGAUGGCACUGAUAUCAACGCGGACAUUCACUUCCUAACCAAUAUGAAGAAUAAUAAAAACGUGAACAAUUACACCGACAUUUUACAUGGAAACAUUAACAACUUCAGCGUGAUAAACUUAAGCAAAGUGGGAAACCACUCUAACUCUGUCAAAGACAAUGUAGUAGCAACUGUUGGAGGAAAUCCCAGCGAUCAUAACAGCGGUAACAAUAGCAGCCACAACAGCAGCAACAAUAGCAGCCAUAACAGCAGUACCACAGUAGAAAACACAAGCGAUAAUGGGAGCACCAGUGCAAAUGGACACGGUUCGAACAACCUUAUAAGCAAAAAAAUGAAUAAGGAGAGUAUAAAUAUGACAAAGCAUUCGAUGGUGAAUAAUAUGAAUCUUAACAGUAUUUAUGGGAAUAAUAAAACUAACACAUUUGCUAAAAUGGGGAUAAAUCAUAAGGGUGGUAAUGUAAGCAACUCGAAUUUUUAUUUUAACAGUGAUUGUUCUAUAGCUGAUGCAAGCCGAAAUCAAUUAUAUUACAAUUCUUAUAUAGAAUCGUUUUCUGAAAAUGUAACGAACAAAUCAUUUAUACAGAAGAAGAAUAAUAAUAAUAAUAUUACUUCAUCCAUUUACAGUGAUAAAAGGGAUGAAUCAAACAUUAUAAGUUACAACUAUAGUGACAGUAAUUUUGCUGAAAAAAAUGCUAUCCUUACGGAAAAGUACGAAUCAGUCGAAUCUACACAAGACAAUAUGUUUAACAACACAAGUUAUGAAUUUAAAAAUAAAGAACGAAAAUUUUUUUUAUGA